GACGUAAUGGAAAAUCCACAUGGAAAAUCCAAUUACGUCGAUCUGCUUUACGGUUACCUGCUGUUAUCAGUAUCACAGGGAAAAUAUCCACUUGGAAAAUCCAAUUACGUGUAUGCGUUACGGUUACCUUCUGAUUAUUUCAUUAGAAGUAAAGGAAAAAUACAAAAAGGCGUGUUCAAAACCAAAAGAUCUCAAAAUGGAUGGGCGUAAAAAUUCAGAUCGACAUUUAAAAAUCAGUUAUUUUGCUGCAAGUGCGCUCGUGAUUUUCGCGUUCUUUUCCUAUGGACUUUCUCCCAUUAAAGCUGAAACAUUUGCAUGCGGACAGGAUAUAUGUAAUAAAGGUUACACUGUUUGUAUAUCUCCACCACUCGUUUUGACUCAGACAGAUUCUUAUUGCAUACCGUGUGAACAGUUUGAAGGAACUUGUGGUACCGCAGACCAACAAAAUGGCUGCCAUCUUUAUUGCAGGGAUUUGAUUACGAAAGAGCUGAGAACGGCAAAUACAAAAAUACAGAACCUUGAACAAGAAAAGUCCGUGCUUGAAAAAGUAAACAAAGAUUUAACAGCUGGACUGGUAGCAUCUGUGUGUUUCGACGUGGUAUUGCUAACAGGAAUAUUUGUCCUAAUUUGGUUGUAUAGACGUAGAUGUGAAAAAUGUGUUCAAAGAAACAGCGAUGAAUCGCAAUCUUUAAGUUCUUCUGAUUCCGCAGCAACACAUUUAUUGUCAACAAGCUCUGGCUCUAGUGCAACGAGUAUUACCACACAGAAAGAGAAAACUGGAGACAGUAUCGAAGAAAAAAACGACACUAGUAAAGAUACAGAAAACGGUAGCAGGAAAGACGUACAGAGUGAUUGCUACGGCGAUAAUAAACUGCAUAACGUGAAUCCCGUGCAGUCUGAGAACAAAUCCGAAAUGGCCGUAAAAUGAAAAUAUGAAGCUCCUUAAGCAUUCCUUUAUGAUUUACAUCAAAAGACUGAAUUGUACAACUCGAAAUACAUAACAGAUAUCAGUUUCAUUUUCACUCAUAUUACGGAACGAUCAUGGAGGGUUCAAGUCAGAUUUUUUUUUCAAAAUUCCUUCCAUAAAAUCUUCACAUUAUAAAUGAUACGCAUGUGGCAGCAACUUCAGAGAAAACACACGCCCUUGCUAGUUCAAUUUACAUGUAAGAUUUUUAAGCUCUGUCUAUCGUUUACUGUCACAUCCCUCUUCAGAAGUGCAUGCCAUGAUCAGUAGAAGAAAAUAUUUAAACACCCCUAGGAAAUUUCCUAGUAGAUAGUGAGAAUGUGAAAUAAAAGCAGAUAGCAUGUUACGUGUAACGUAAGGUAGAAAUGAGAGAGCUGACCUGAAAGAGUUCAAGCUGGGCAUGACAGCGUGUGAUGAGGUAGACCAUGUCAGAGUACUGUGGCAUUUGGGGGGAAAGACAAUUUGAAAUAUGUGCAAACAUAAACCUGGCGGAGACAAUAUACGUGCAUAAGGCAGGUAAUCUUAACAGAAGGUUGGAGAUAUGGGACGCUACGAAAAUAAAACUCGUGAAACAAGUGAAUAACGUAGAUAGUGUGAAGUGUAUGUAGAUAUAUGUGCUUUUUGGGGUGUGAGGUUUUGGAAAUUUUAUUUCCCAAUUAGUAUUGACUUAAAUAUUGUAUCAUUUAUCAGUGUAUAUAUAUAAAUAUAUUGGACAUGAUUGCUGUAAUCUAUAUCAGGUAUAUGUUGUCUGCAACGUUUCGUGAUGUGUGCUUAAAAUUAAUAUACAUGUAAGAAUAAAAAAUAGA